AUGCAGUCGUUCCUGGGCAGUCUGAAUUACUACAGCCGAUCCAUCGAAGGUUACGUUAUCUAUGCCUCGGUACUCUACGAAUUACUUGAAGUGGAGUCGGCAGAACUGGAGAAACGAUCGGAUCUGAGGAAGAUCAUGGACCAGAACGACCCGAUUGCACGAGAUCACGGCCCACCGGAGCUGCCGAUUGCGGGAUCAUUAGAUGAGAGGUGGGUCAGGGCACAUAGGGCCUUCAUCAUCCUGAAACCCAAGAUUGCGACUACCCCAGUCUUCCGCCAUUUCGACGAGACGAGAACGCCGGUAGUUAUCGUAUAUGCCAGCUAG